AUGGCGCCUAAGAAGAAGGGAAACAAGAGACAGGAGGAGGACUGGGAGGCUGAUCUUGGCGAGUCUGCCCCUGCUGUCGACGCUCCUCCCGCCGAGGAGGCUCAAGAAGACAAUGAAGAGGCUCCAGUGGGUGGCCUGAUGGCUGCCUUGAGAAAGAACAAGGCCAAGAAGGCCAAUAAGAAGGGCAAGGCCAACAACGACUUCGUUGAGGGCGAGGAUGCCAGCGCUGGUAACGACUUGGCCAGCAAGCAGCCCGAGGAGGGUAACUUCGACGACGACGAUGUCUUCGCUGGAAAGCAGACCAAGCCCAUCAAGGAUAUUGUCAAGCCCGCAGCUGAAGAGCCGGAGGCUGGCGAGUUCCGUGUGAAGACUAAGAAGGAGAAGGAGCGCGAGAAGAAGGAGAAAGAGAAGCAGCGCAAGAAGGAGCAGGCCGCCACAAAGAAGAAGCUUACCCCUGCUCAAGAAAAGGCCGAGGCCAAGAAGACUGCUGCCGCUGAGGCCAAGAAGGACGAGCCCGCUGCCGCCCCCGCCGCCCCCGCCGCCGACACUGGCAAGAAGAAGAAGCUUCCUCCUCACUUGGCCGCCCUUCAGAAGCAACAGGAGCUCCUGCGUCAACAGCGUGAGGAAGAGGAGCGUCUUGUAGCGGAAGCAAAGGAGGCUGCUGCCAAGCAAAAACUUCUUGAUGACGAGGAAGAGAAGAAGCGGGCUGAGAUUCGUGAGCGCAAGAAGGAGAAGGAGCGUGAGAAGAAGGAGCAGCUGCGCAAAGAGGGCAAGCUCCUCACCAAGGCCCAGAAAGAGGCUAAGGAGCGCAACGAACUCCGCAUGCAGCAGAUGUUGGCUGCAGGCAGCAAGGUCGCUGGUCUGGAAGACACCGGUGACAAGAAGCGCCCUGUUUAUGAAAACAAGAAGAAGAGGGCUGGCAAAAAGCAGGAGGAGGACCUCGAGGCCGCUGCUGCUCGUGCACAGGCUCAACGAGAGGCUGAGGAUGCCCGACGCCAGAAGGAGGCCGAGGAGAAGGCCAAGGCCGAAGCCGCCGCCGCAGCUGCAGCCCCCGGCGCUGAUGAUGAAAUUGAGGACUGGGAGCAGGCCGCCGACGAGGACGUUAAAGACAGCUGGGAUGCCGAAACAGAUGAGGAAGACGAGAAACCCGCGGAGACACCUGCUGCGGCCCAGAAGGAAGACCAGAAGGAAGACUCGGACUCCGAGUCUGAGUCUGAUUCCGACGAAUCUGACUCCGAAGACGAAGAGCAAUCUGCCAACCAAAGGGCAAUCCAAGCCCGAAAGGCCGAGGCUGCAGAGCGCAGGAAGAAGCAGCACGAAGAGGCCAUGGCUGCCCGUUCCAAGGAUGAUCUCCGCUCUCCCAUUUGCUGUAUUCUUGGUCACGUCGAUACUGGUAAAACUAAGCUGCUUGACAAGAUUCGACAGACCAAUGUCCAAGAGGGCGAAGCAGGUGGUAUUACCCAACAAAUUGGUGCCACCUACUUCCCCGUCGAUGCUCUGCGCACCAAGACCAACGUUGUCAACAAGGAUGGCAAGUUUGAGUUCAAGAUCCCCGGUCUGCUGAUUAUCGAUACACCUGGUCACGAGUCUUUCUCCAACCUGCGUUCCAGAGGUUCUUCUCUUUGCAACAUCGCUAUUCUCGUCGUUGAUAUCAUGCACGGUCUCGAGCCCCAGACUCUUGAGUCUAUGCGCUUGCUGCGUGACCGCAAGACUCCUUUCAUUGUCGCAUUGAACAAGAUCGAUCGUCUCUACGGAUGGAAGAAGAUUGACAACAACGGAUUCGAGGACAGCUUGAACAUGCAAAACAAGGGUGUGCAGAACGAGUUCCGCACUCGUCUUGACGCCACCAAGCUUGCUUUCGCCGAGCAGGGUUUCAACUCCGAGCUCUUCUUCGAGAACAAGUCUCUUUCCCGCAAUGUCUCUCUCGUUCCCACCUCUGCUCACACUGGUGAAGGUGUUCCCGACAUGCUUAAGCUUCUGACUAGCUUGACCCAGGAGCGUAUGACCAACUCCCUGAUGUACUUGUCAGAGGUUGAGUGCACAGUUCUUGAAGUCAAGGUUAUUGAGGGUCUCGGUACCACCAUCGAUGUUGUCCUGUCCAACGGUAUCCUUCGCGAGGGCGACCGUGUCGUGAUGUGCGGUCUCAACGGACCAAUCACAACCAAUAUUCGUGCUCUCCUGACGCCAGCUCCACUCAAGGAGCUGCGUCUGAAGUCUCAAUACGUUCACAACAAGGAAGUCAAGGCCGCCCUUGGUGUGAAGAUUGCUGCCAAUGACUUGGAGCACGCCAUUGCCGGUUCUCGCAUGUUGGUUGUCGGUCCCGAUGAUGAUGAGGAGGACCUCGAGGACGAGGUCAUGUCUGAUCUUGAGAACCUUCUCAGCCGUGUUUCUACCGAUCAACGUGGUGUCACUGUUCAGGCUUCCACCCUGGGUUCCCUUGAGGCUCUCCUUGAGUUCCUGAAGGUCUCCAAGAUUCCCGUUGCCAACAUCUCUAUUGGUCCCGUCUACAAGCGUGAUGUCAUGAUGGCUGGAACCAUGCUUGAGAAGAACAAGGAAUUCGCUGUCAUGCUUUGCUUCGAUGUCAAGGUCGACAAGGAUGCCCAGGCUUACGCCAACGACAUUGGUGUCAAGAUUUUCACUGCGGAUAUUAUUUACCACUUGUUCGACAACUUCACAGAGCACAUGGCUCAACUCACAGAGCAGCGCAAGGAGGAGGCUAAGCUUCUCGCCAUCUUCCCCUGUGUCAUCAAGCCCGUUGCCGUCUUCAACAAGACUGAUCCCAUUGUCAUCGGUGUUGAUGUCAUUGAGGGAAGCUUGCGUCUCCACACUCCUCUGGCCGCUAUUCGUACGAACUCCGCCGGUGUGAAGGAAAUUGUUGACAUUGGUAGAGUUACCUCUAUUGAGCGUGAUCACAAGGCCGUUCCCGUCUGCAAGCGUGGUCAGCCCUCCGUCGCCGUCAAGGUCGAAGGCCCGAACCAGCCCAUGUACGGUCGUCACCUCGAAGAGAAGGAUCAGCUGGUCUCGCACAUCUCGCGUGCCAGUAUCGACACACUGAAGGAGUUCUACCGGUCCGAAGUCUCCAUGGAAGAAUGGGCUCUCGUCAAGCGACUCAAGCCCGUUUUCGACAUUCCUUGA